AUGCCUCUCAUAGACAAAGCCGUCUAUGAGAAGACUCCCAAGGAGGUCAUCUCGUGGAAGAUUGUGGCAUACUGCAUCAUUUUGUCUUUUUCGGGUGCUCUUCAUGGAUUCAACACGGCAAAUAUCUCCGGCGUUCUCGCCAUGAAACCCUUCAAAAGCUACUUUCAACUGAACAAAAUGGAUGAAAGUGAUCUGGCCAACUGGACCGGAUGGAUUACGUCUAUUCUCAUCCUUGGGUCUGGUCUCGGUUCCAUCACUUGCGCACCCGUCACUGACCGACUGGGCCGACGCGUUUCCCUGGCUUUCUUCUCGGCUCUUUUCAUCGCCUCCGCUGUCCUCAUGACUGCCAAUCCCGGUGGCAGCAACGGACGCGUCGAAUUUCUCGUCGGUAGAGCCCUUUCGGGCUACGGCUCUGGAGCAGCCAGUGUCAUCGGUCCAGGUUACAUCGCUGAGAUUGCACCUCAGUCAAUCCGCGGUGGUUUAACCGCCCUAUACAACGCCAAUACUAUGUUGUCCGUCGGUCUAGCUUAUUGGAUUAACUACGGCUCUCUCCAAAACAUUUCCGACGGAACAAACACUCAGUGGCAGGUUCCCAUGGGUGUUCAGGCACUACCUGGUGUGAUUCUCAUUCUUGGAGUCUUUCUUAUCCCCGAGUCUCCUAGAUGGCUCCUUACCCGAGGCAAGGUUGAGCGAGCUGAGCAGUCUCUGGAGACCCUCCGUUCCCUCCCCCGCGAUCACGAGUUUGUCCGCCAAGAAUUCAACACUAUCCAGGCUUCUCUGGAAGAAAAGGCUGUUCAAACUGGUAUCAAGGGACUUUUCCACGAGCUGGCCUCUCCCGGUAUCCGCAAGAGGAUGGCCAUGGUCAUGAUUAUUCAAGUCGGCUUCCAGUUCUCCGGUGGUAACAUCAUUACAUAUUACAACACCUCUAUCCUGUCUUCCAUCGGACUCAAGUCUUCCUCUACCAACUAUCUCUUCUCCGGUAUCUAUGGCUUGAUCAAGUUUAUUGCCGUCUUAAUGUAUUGUCUAUUCCUAGUCGAUCGGUUCGGUCGUCGCAGGGGUUUGUUCAUUGGUUCUGGCCUGAUCAUUUUCUCUCUCACCUACAUCACAAUCUAUCUCGCCGUUGCGAACCCUUCCUCCAGCAACACCACCGGUCCUGCCGGCUGGAUUGCUGUCGUUUGUAUCUACAUAUUUGCGCUGGGUUACGCAAUUUCUUGGGGCACCGUCCCCUGGAUUAUCAACGCCGAGGUCUUUCCCAACAGGCUUCGGUCCACGUGCAUGUCCAUUUGUAUCACAUGGCAGUACCUGGUAAACUUCGCCUUGUCGCGAGGUCAGCCCAACAUGGUCAUCGCCAUGCACGCAUGGGGUCCCUUUCUUCUCUUCACCCUGUUCACUACCAUGAUGACAAUUUACUGUUUCUUUGCCUACCCGGAGACCAAGGGCCUAUCUAUGGAAUCCAUGGACGAGCUCUUUACCAUGCCUUGGUACAAGGUCGGACGCGCCAGCUUCAAAGUCCUGGAGUCUCAGAAGGCCGCCAACGCUUCCACAGAAGAGAAGGAGACCGUGGACUUUGCAGAGGAUGUUUCCCAUCCAGAUGGAACUGCUCAGGGAACUAAGAAUUAG